GGAGGAGUGGGAGGGACGAGGCUCCACACGGAACUGUUUGUGUCUGAACGACCUGCAUCAGCAAAGGCGCUUUGUGCAUCGUUAAUCCGCGGUGAUGUCACGGUGCAGGAGGGGCUGAGCGCGUUAAUCCCACCGAGUUGUGUGGAGGCACCGGCGGAGCCAGGGCGAGCCGAGCCGAGCCAGGCGCGCAGGCACCGGGGGAGGAACAGGACCGGGAGCGAUGCCGUGUUCUGCAGCAGCCGGAGCCGGGCCUCUCCUCCACCGACACGCAGGCUGAGCUGUGAGCGGAGUUUCGUUUGAGACACAUAAGGAUGUUCUGAGACGCAGAGUCGGAUCACGUCGCAGCCAUGAGCCACAAGUAUCAGGGAGAGGUGACGGAGGAACCGUGCGAGGAGCACAAGGGGCCUCCGAGGAACAGGCAGCCCAACGGGACGACGCGCGGGGAACCUCCUGUGCGACGCUCCUGGAGGCCGUGCCAGAUGCUCAACCAGGACGGGGAGCCGAAUCCCCAUCAUCACCACCACCACCAUCACGAGCAUCACAAUCCACAUCACCACCAUCAUCCGGCAACGGGUCGCGGACCUGCUCGGCACCGCCGGCGCCCCACGCCAGGGCAGGCUCAAAGUCCUGAUCAGAUUCCCGUGGUUGCGUCUUCCAGGCCAGAAGGGGGCGAGAACCGGGACGCCGAUCCUCUUCCUGUCCAGCAACCACGCCCUGCUGUCGCCCGCUACCGUCGUCACGGCGACCCUAACCCCAGGCUCAGAGGUCAAAGACAGAGGCAGCCGAUCAGAGAGAUGCAGGACUCGUCGCACGGUGAGGAUGAGAGGGAAGGUCCGGCGGAGGUGCAGUUGCAGCAGCGCUCUGCCGAUGAUGCCGUGACAGACCAAUCACAGGACAGAGCAUCUCCUCACCACACUCCUGUUGCUGUGGUAACCCCCACCCACCUCUCACCUGCUCCUGCAACCCACAACGUGCAACCUCACCCGCAACACACUCCACAUGCUGAUGCGGAGGAGGACCAGAGAGCAGUGUGUGAAGAGGAAGUGGAGGAAGUGAAGGAGAAGGAAGAAGAACAGGAACAGGCCGAGGACGACGGAGACUGCUGCCCAGCAACAGGAAGCUCCGUCUGCGGCCGCGACGACGUGAAGGCGGUCGACGGGGCAGCGGAGGAAAGUGCAGCGAGGGUGGAAGAGGAUCAGGAGGAAGUGAUGGAUGACGUGGCGGAGGACAUUGCUGCUCAGGGAAGUGAAAUCACAGAUCUCUGCUCGGACACGGAGAGCGCGGCUUCGCUCAGCAUGGACGGCCCCCUUCACAGCCCGCCGCCGCUCCAGUCACCGACUCCUCCCUCCUCCCCCGACAUUCCACCUUUUCCCCAACUGGACCACUUCAGUGAGGACGCCAGCAUGAGUCCCGUCCCUGACAAUGACCUACCGGAGGACGAGGACGAGGACUGCUCUGAAUCCUGCUCGCUGUCACACUCUACUUCCUGCUCCGAGUCUUACCCAAAAACCUAUGCAGACUUUUAUUCCGAGUCCCAUCAGAAGUCUUACCCGGAUCCUGUGUACGAGUCCUACUCGGAGGCUAAAUCCCAUCCCAACUCUUUUCCUGAACCUCUCAUGACCUCCUACCCCGAGUUACCCAGAGAACCUUGCAGGCCGCCUAACCGGAGGACCGAGCGUCACGAGGCCCAGCAGGAGUCAAGCCAGGAGCCCUUUACCAGCCAUAGAGAGGAGAGGGUUUCUCCAUCCUCUCCUACCAAGGGCUCCCAUCAUGCACCAAGGCAGGUCAGAGACCGCCGUUCACAUCACUCCCCUCUGGACCGCUCCGUCGGCUGCCGGCUGCACCACUAUGACGGACAGUCCGACGGCGAGGGGGACAGCGGACGUCAAAGCCCCAUUCCCAAAAGUCAUAGACGUGCACCCAGACAAGCUGAACCCCAGGAUAAGAGCCCCUCGUCUGGGCACAGCAGCUCAGCCGAGGCCCUGGAGCAGCUGAGUGUGGUGGGUCACCCGGGGGAGGGAGGUUCCAGGGGCUCGGGAGACGCCAUCAGCCUGGCGAUCAAAGACAUCAAGGAGGCGAUUGAGGAGGUGAAGACGAAGACCAUACGCUCCCCCUAUACACCCGAUCAGCCGGUGGAGCCGAUAUGGGUGAUGAGGCAGGAGGUCAGCCCCACGGAGGAGGUGUACUCGCUGCAGACCGCCACCGGACGUUCUUCUCCUAAAUCUCCCUCUCGCUCAGAACCGGAGUCUCCAUCGUGCUACGCCUCAGGUCCAGUGAGGGAGCAGCUCAGUCCGCGGAGGCCGGAGUCAUCCAGAGCCCUUCACCCCCAACAUUAUCACCAACAACACAACUCCCACCACCACCACCACCAAGGCCACGCCUCACAGCAGAGGGACACCGCCAGGCCGCAGGUACCAUACGCACACACGGUGCCGAGUCAACAGCGUCAGCAGCAGCAGCGACAACAGCAUCAGACGCUUCCACCUCCACAGCCGAGGCCGCAGGUGGAGCCGCAGUCUCCUCUGCAGCAGCCGUCCGCCCAGGAGAUUCGCAGAUCUCUUCCCUCUUUUCCCACAUUUGUGGACGUCCUGGGACCAUGUGACCCUGAGGACCUGAUUGACGGCAUCAUCUUCGCUGCGACCUACCUGGGCUGCACCCACCUGCUGUCGGAGAGGACGCCGACGAAGAGCGCCCGCAUGCAGCAGGCGCAGGAGGCCAUGAGCAGAGUGAGG